AUGGAUUCUAUACACGAUGAUCAUUGUUUUAACGAAGAUAAAAUGGGUAUAAAAAUAACAUCUGGGGUUGUUACAAUUAACAAGGACCCGAAAACCAAUCGUAUAGGUAUCGCAAUAGGCGGAGGACCUCCUUACUGCCCUUGUAUAUACAUUACGCAGAUUUUGGAAAAUUCACCAACUGCAUUAAAUGGUAUAUUAGAAAGUGGUGAUGAGCUUUUAGCUAUUAAUAAUGAACGUGUUAGUGGAUGUGACAAAAUGGAAGUAUCACAAAUGAUACGGACAAGUGGUAAUCGAGUAACAUUGAAAUAUAACAAAUUAGACGCUGAUGUCCAACAAGGUAAAACGUUGGAUAUUGUAUUAAAAAAAGUUAAACAUAGACUAGUUGAAUGUAUAUCUACCACUACUGCUGAUUAUUUGGGUAUGUCUCGUGCAAUACUUGUCGAUGACAGUCUUGUUAAACGCUUAAAACAGCUAGAUGAUUUGGAACAAGCAUAUCGUUGUUUGAUUGAUCACACAGAACGUGUACUAGGUGCGUUUGAAGCUCUGACCCAAUGUUAUAAAGAAUUUGGGGACUCAUUUGCAGAAAUAGGUGUUAGGGAACCACAACCUAGAGCUAGUAUGUCUUUAAUGCGCUUUGCUGAAUAUCACAGGCGAAUGGAACAUCUAGGUCAGAUGCUAAUCGAAGUUUUAAAACCAAUAUCCAGGUCAUUUGGCACAUAUCUGGAAAAAGCUAUUCCAGAUACCAAGCAAACAAUACGCAAAUAUGCCGAUGUGAAAUUUGAAUUUUUAUCUUACUGUUUAAAAAUCAAUGAGUUAGACGGUUUGGACGAUAUAGAGGAUUCUAGUUCAACAAGCGUUCCUUUAUAUCCCAUUGUAACAGGCAAUUAUGAAUACAGACUUCUUUUGAAAUGCAAACAGUCAGCAAGAAAACGAUUUCUUGCUCUUAGAGAAGACGUUUUAACCAAAAUCGGACUAUUGGAAAAUAAACGCGUUCAUGAUAUUGUAGAUCAAUUUCAAAUAAUUGCUUCACAGAUUGCUAGUUUUAAUCAUGAAAUAAAUUGGAUGAUACUUGGAGGGGAUAACGAUACUAAUGAACCACCGCUCUUUCCUAUUGAAAUGGAUUUGAAAUGCACUGCAUUUGAAUAUAAUUCAGUCCAACCAGUUAGUGAACUUGACUAAGAUGAACUUAAUGACGUAAAAAACAUUUGUAUGUUUUAUUUAAAUUAACUAAUUUACUAUGGAAAUAGUAUUUUACAUAAAUUAUAGAAAAGUUUAAUAACCUAAAAGUAA